AUGACCGUUGAUAAUCCUCUCGAUACAAUGCCACUCUUUGUUCGUGCUAGUUCAAUCAUUCCCAUGACGCAAGUUAUGCAAUACGUAAACGAAGUUCCUGAUGCAGCCUAUGAAAUUCGAAUUUAUCGAGGUGAUGACGCCAACUUUAUGAUUUACGAAGAUGCAGGUGAUACGUAUGACUAUGAACAAGGUGCUUUUGCUUUCAUAAACCUUUCGUGGCUUGAAAAUCUUGCUCAACUCACGAUCCAUGAUCGCCAAGGCUCUUUUCCUGAACUCAUAACGGAACGACAAUAUAAUAUAAUAUUCAUUUCAGAGCGAGGUCGAGAAAUAAAAACUGUUCUUUACACAGGUAAAGAGAUUCAAGUAUAUGCGAUAGAAAACAUUACUUCGUAG